AUGCCAUCGCGCAGCAAGCUCGCAGACUUAGCCUCACGCGCCCGCCCAGGACGCCAACAUCGCGAACGCGACAGCGGCGCCGACCAGGACGCGUACUACGCUCAGCAGCGUUCACCUUCCCCGGGAUCCUCAAACGAUCACUUCUCUGGCUCGUACGACCACAGCCGCCCCAUGCAGGAAGUUCAGUACCAGGACGACCUGCUCGUCCCUCCCAACCUCCCCUUUUCGGAGGUGACGGGCGGGCAGUACAGCGACAGCGGCGGCAGCAGCCGCGGCAUGUCGUACACUGACCUCGCCGAACUGCGUUCUCGAAACAAGGACAGCCGUCCCGCAUCGCUUUCCCUUUCAAUCAACUAUGUCCCCACAAAGUUCACAAAGCUUCAUGCGCCCGGAGAGUAUCCCCACCGUCGCGCCAAGCAGGGCGGCGGCCGUGACGCAUUCGCCGCCGGUGCCGCGCGCAUGGGUGAACCCGGCCUUGUCGACGACGACGAAGGCCUCGUCUUCCAGGUCGGCAAAGGAGGCCUCAAGGCCAAGCACAAGCCAAAGCUGCGCUGGAACCGCUUCAAGUGGAUCCUCUUUGGUGCUAACUGUGUGCUCUUCCUCUACGGCAUGGCCGGUCUCAUCUGCUCCAUUCUUGUCUGGAUCAACGUCUUCUUCCGCUCCGACAUUUUGCGCGUCGGCAACCGCACCGAACUGAUACUCUCCACGAUCGCUGGCGCCCUUAUCGUCUUCACUUCGCUCCUUGGCUUCUCUGGCAUUUUCCUUAAUAACCGGCUCUUCUUGGCCGUCUACGUCCUCCUGCUGUGGGUCUGUCUCGGCUUCAUGGUGGCACCCGGUUACAUCACGUACAAGCGCAAGACUUUCAAUCUUGAGGGCAAGAUCAACCAGCAGUGGUCGCGCAAUCUCGGCAUCAUCGGCCGCCUCCGUAUCCAGGACGCUCUCAAGUGCUGCGGCUACUUCUCUCCCGCCAUUGAGGCGACAAUUUCGCCUCUGUGCUACCCUCGCUCGGUCGAGGACGGCUGCAAGAACCGCUACCUCAAGCUGGAGCGUGUGAUCCUUAGAACAUGGUACACCGUUUCGUUUGCCCUCGUCCCCGCGCACAUCCUGAUCAUCCUCGCCGGCCUCCUGUGCUCCAACCACGUUACGUACCGCUUUGGCAAGGGUCUCACGCCUAAGCGUUACCGUCUCGACAUGGACUCGAUGGCCGUGAUCAUGAACGACUACGCGACUCAGAUUGCCGCGCAGUACGGCCCCGAAGUCGCCAACGAGGCCGUCGCGCGCUCGUCGCUGCAUCUCGACUCGCGCCCUGGCUCCAGAGCCGGCUCGCGUGCUGGCUCGCGCAGAGGCUCGUUGUCCAGCUCGGCGCACGGCCACAACGGCGGCUCCAACUACCGCUCGCCUUCGCGGACGCAGAACUACACGUCUCCGUUUGACGACGGCCGCCCCGGCGGCUCGGGACGGUCUGACCAGACACACUACACGGACAUUGAUGACGACUCGCAGGGCGGUCACGGGUAUGGAUCGAACCAGGGCCACACGUACAGUGGACCGCAGAGCCAAGGCUACACGCCUGCCCAGGUCAGCUCGCAGCAGGGCUGGGCCCAGUAA